AUGAUCGGAAUUUCCUCCUCUGUCAAUUCAACUCCUGAAUCCACGUCGGAAUCCAUUCACAGACCUUUCCAACGUACAGAUAUUGGCCGGGCCUCUGACCGUCCUGCUGGACGCCCUGGCUUUGGUGUCAAAAGCUUCGUGAUUGGAACCACAGGUAUGAGGGGGUCUGGAGUUUCUUCUGAAGCCGGAGAUAGGGAAGACACGAGCACUACAGAGGUGGUUACCACAACUAGUCGAAAUUCAGCUAGGGGCACCUCCUCCACUACUGGUGCCUCCACCGCCACUUCAACCGCAGCUAUUACCCCGGCUACUGUACUUCUUCACACAGCCUACACAAACACGCCACGUCAAAGAUCAAGUAUUGAUGCCGGAGGCACAACAACGAUGCCUGUUUCUGAGGCCACUACUGGCUACGCUGGAGGGCAUUGGAGACGAUCAAUAGCCACAGGUGGUGGUGGCGGGGGGACUGGAGGUAGCAAUGAAAAAUCAACAGGCAUUACUGGAGUUUCUGCAAGGCUCACCUCGGCAACUGUAUCAUCUGCAGGUUAG